AUGACAACAGGAAGUUACGGUGAAAGGGCCGAGCAAGAUGGCGGUUCGGAGAGGGAUUAGCUUCUUGAGCCGGUUGUGGCAGGGGCCGCAGAAUUUCCUUGUAACAAGUCAAGUUCCGCUAAAGAAACAUAAUUUUCUUCAGAACAACCAUUUGUUAUGGUUUCAGUUUUCAGGGGCCCACACUGAUAUUCAACAGCUGAAGGAGAACCCUCUGGUAUCUGUUUCAGAUGAGCCAGACACACUAUAUAAGAGACUAGCGGUUUUGGUUAAAGGUCAUGACAAAACUGUAUUGGACAGUUAUGAAUAUUUCAUGCUGCUUGCUGCUAAAGAACUUGGCCUCUCUAUUGAAAAAGUAGAAGUGCCUCCAAGGAAGAUAGAAAAAUUCACACUUCUGAAAUCAGUGCACAUUUAUAAGAAGCACAGAGUUCAGUAUGAAAUGAGGACGCAUUACCGAUAUGUGCAGUUAAAGCACUUAACUGGCAGCACAGCCAAUGUUUACUUGGAAUACAUUCAACGAAACUUACCUGAAGGGGUUGCCAUGGAAGUAAAAAAGACCAGAUUAGAAAAACUUCCUGAACAUAUUCAGACACCUGUUUGGGAUACACUGCCUCCAGUAGAAGAAACAUCAAGUUAGUCAUAAAUACCUGGUCUGUAGAUUUCCCUCCCACCCAUCCCCAGCUUUAAAAAGGAGUAAAAAUGAAAUGUAACUUUGUCCUUUUGAGAGAGACUUAUGCUGAUUUUGAAACUCAUCUGAAACCAAUUCGUUUUUUAGGAUCCUGUUUCUUGACCAAACAGCUGUAAAUGCAACUCCCAAAAGUUUGUUCAUCAGUUCUGAAGUGAUCAGGCUAAACAGAAGCUUGACAAAACUGUGUUGCAUACAAAAACAACUGUAUAAUGAUUUUCUUGAACAAUUUAAAUAAGCUGGUACUGUAUGUGAAAAGAUAUUAAAUGGUUGCUGGAAACCAUUAAAAUGCACAUGAUUUGAAA